GCAUUUACUUUGACCCUGUGUUAAUAGCAUCUCGGAGUAGUCUGCCUAUUCUCUCUGAUCAAAUGAAUACCCCACAUUGAUCGUUUUUUCGUGGAGUUAAACCACAGCCAGAAGCAACCUCUCUAUUUCCCUUCUCUUCCCUUCCCUUCCCCCAAUUAAUAAUAAACACUCACAAGCGCCAUUCUUCUUCUUCUUCUCUCUCUCUCCAAAAACCCUAACCCUUUACACAUAUUUCAGGUUCAGGAGUGGAGCUUCCACUUUACGACUCCACCGAUUUCGUCGCUUCUUAAACGCUACUUUCCCGACUGCUCUUUUCCUCUUUUUUUUUUCCCUUUCAAUGGGAUGGGUUUCUUAGGAUUGUGAUCAAAGGAUUCAGCUGCAGCAGCAGGAGCAGAUCAUCAGCUUUUCUUUUUCUUUUUCUGCAAACGUGAUUCUGAUUCAUUUGAGGGUGAUCGUACGUGUUUGGCCUAAUAAUGGAUUCUGGGAGUAGUGGAAGUAUACAAAGCUCCAGCGGUGGUGAAGAUGAGUACGAUUCACGCGCAGAGGGGUUCUCUGGUUUUUUAAACAAACCGCCAGGACAUGUCGGUCCUAAGGCUAACCCUUCCCCACAACUCACGGCGCACCACCCUCAUUCUUCUACCUCCUCCGGCCUCUUCGACCCUUUCUCCAACUUCCUCGAUCCAUUACCCACUCGAUCACACCAAAAUUCCAUUCCUAAUCUCGAUUUCCUCUGGCCCAGAAACAACCCGAGAUCCGACCCCAACCCGAUCCACUUUCCCGGCUCCAUUUCCAUGCCUCCUUCUUCAGCACCCAAUUCAUAUAUGGCGGCGACGAAUAGUCAAGUCCCUCAUCAGACCACGGAACCCAAUGUAGUCCACCAAGCCCCACGAGGUUUAACGCUCACCACAGAUCGAAGCGACGUCGUUCCUAACAAUAAUAACAACACUGCAACUGGAACUAGUACUGGCACCAGCAACCCCUCCGUUCGUAACCCAAGGAAACGAACCCGAGCCUCGAGGCGAGCCCCAACUACAGUUCUCACUACCGAUACGUCCAAUUUCCGAGCCAUGGUUCAGGAAUUUACUGGGAUUCCUGCCCCUCCCUUCACACCGGCUUCCUCUUUCCCCAGAGCCAGACUCGAUCUUUUUGGCGGCGGUACGGCCUCCACUUCUUCCCCACCAUACUUACUCCGUCCAUUUCCCCAAAAGUUAUCCACAACUAAUUCCCUUCUCUCUCCAUCCUCCGAUUUUCUCCUCCCCAAACAGAAUCAAUAUCUUCCUCCCAUGUCCUCUAUUUUUAAUCUUCAGCCUUCUCCCCCUCCCCCGCUUCACCAACCAAAUAUCAACCUCCUGGGCUCCGACCAAACCACAACCGACACCCAUCGUAAUCACCAUCUUCAUCAAACACCUCUCCCGGAAGAGUUGCUAUCAGAAAGUGGAAAUAUUCUUCCGGCCACCUGGGUAAGUAGCGGCGGCGGCGCAGGAGGAGGAGUAGCGUCGGACCAAGCUUUAUUUAGGUCCACGAAUAGCAAAUACUGUACGGGUACUAAAGUUAACAACAACUAUUCGGCUUCUUCUUCAUCUUUGGAUUUUCAUGGAGAUAAAGGGUCAGAGAAUGUGACAACUAGAAGUGAAGGUAUGAUGGAAUCUUGGAUUUGUUCUUCAGAUUAAAUUAAUUACUCUAUUUAUCCAUCUAUAUUCCCAACCAUAUACCAAGACGUUUAUAUGAGUCUUGAGAAUCACAACACCCCACCCCCCCCCCCCCCCCCCCCCCCCCCCAUUAAACUAGAGGUAUAAUUAACGAAAAACCACUCAGAUUCCGUUUGUUUUUCCCCCAAAAUUUUAUGUACAUCACAUUACACACUUUCAUUUUGGGAUUUCGUCCUUAUUUCCAAUUUUCCAUAUGUUUUUGUUUUUGUUUUCUUUAUCCUCACAUACAUCCAAAUAAAUAAUUAUUUUAUUUUA